AUGUCGGACAAUACAAAUCAGUUUUCGAAGAUGUCGUUAAACCCGAAUGCAUUCGAGUUCGUCCCUGGCCGCAAUUUGAAUGCACCGGCUUUUGUCCCUGGACAGGCUUUUGCUGCUCCCACUCCAGCAGCUGCUGCGCCUGUUCAAGCCGAGCCACCAAAGCAAGAAGAGCCAGAAGAUGAUUGGGACAGGGAUGAUGAUGAACCAGCCCCAGAGCCAGCGAAGGAACCCGAACCUGCUCCUGAACCAGAGCCAGAACCAGAAAAGCCAAAAGAACCAGAACCAAAGAAAGUAGAACCGAAGGUGGCUACUCCUGAGCCCGAAGAAGAAGAAGAGGAACCAGCCGAGGAAGAGGGCGCAACAAAAGACUACGUCAACAUUGUUUUCAUCGGACACGUCGACGCGGGCAAAUCGACGAUGAGUGGACAGAUCUUGAAGUUAACCGGCAUGGUUGACAGCAGAACGUUGGAAAAGUAUGAGAGAGAGUCGAAAGAAAAGAAUCGAGAGUCGUGGGCGCUCUCCUGGUGCAUUGACACCAACGAUGAGGAGCGAGACAAGGGCAAAACUGUCGAGUAUGGAAAGGCUUUUUUCGAAACUGAGAAUAAGCAUUUCACUAUUCUCGAUGCUCCCGGACACAAGUCCUUCGUUCCGAGCAUGAUUGAAGGUGCUUCUCAGGCUGAUUUCGCGAUUUUGAUCAUCUCUGCGCGAAAGGGUGAAUUUGAAGCUGGUUUCGAAAAGGGAGGACAAACCCGAGAGCACGCAAUGCUCGUCAAAACCCAAGGAAUCAAGCGUCUCAUCGUUGCUAUCAACAAAAUGGACGAAACAGGCUGGGACGUGAACAGAUACAACGAAAUUCUCGAAAAGAUGAAGCCAUGGCUCCUCAAGCAAGUUGGAUUCAAAAAGGAGCAACUCCACUUUAUCCCACUAUCCGGCUUCUCAGGCGUCAAUGUCAAGGAUUCUGAUGUCUCCAAGCAUCCCUGGUACAAGGGCCCAUCGCUUCUUGACUAUUUGGAUCAACUGCCAGCUGUUGAGAGAAAUACCAAAGGAGCAGUUCGGUUUUGUGUCGCCCAGAGAUACAAAGACAUGGGCCACGUCGUCAUGGGAAAGCUCGAAAUGGGCAAGCUUACCAAAGGCAAAAAACUGGUCAUCCAGCCAUCCGGUCGGAAAGUCAAAGUUUCCUCGAUGGAAUUCGAAGACAACCCAGUCGCAGUUGGGAUUGCCGGACAAAACCUCAAAAUCCGUCUCGAAGGGAUUGAAAACGACGACGAUGUUCGAAAGGGAUACGUUUUGUGCGACACUGCUAAUGUUUGCAAAAGAUCGGCAUGUUUUGACGGAAGAGUCCAAAUCGCAGAGUACAAGUCUAUCAUCUCAGAAGGUUUCACGGCCGUUUUGCAUCUUCACACAGCCGUCGAAGAAGUCACCGUCGAGCGACUCCUCGCCAAGUUCAACAGAAAGACCAAAAAGCUGGAGAAAUUCUCCGGCGCGCGUUUCCUCAAGCAAGGCGACCAGGGUGUCGUGCGAUUCAAGCUGCCGUGCCAGGUCGCGAUGGAACUGGCUGACGACUUUCCAAGCAUGGGCAGAUUCACUCUCCGUGAUGAAGGCAAAACCAUCGCCAUGGGCGUCAUCAAGAAGAUUAUCGAAUGA